AUGGUAACGGCGAAAACCACCGACGGCGCGGACGUCCAGCCACCAAGGUUGACGAUCCGCAGCUCACAGCCGAACAGGUUCCUGAUGGAGUCCAUCCGGUCGACCACCAGACGUCCCUUGGAACUGUCCACCGACAGCGUUACAUCGGAGCAGCUGGGCGGCGACAGUGGUCCGGCGCGGUCCAUGGUUCGACGCCGUCAUGGUUCUGCGAUCAAGCGGCGGCCGCUUCGCCGGACCUUUCACACGGCUCUGCGGUCAUCGACGUGCGACCGUCCGUCGUCAUUCGUAGACAGUUAA